AGGUAAUUGAAACCGACCAUAAGCUCCUUUUAUCUCCACUCUAGAAGUAGCCCCGAUUAUUGCUGACUUAAGCAUCGGAGUGUCUACUCUGAGUUCAACCUCGGGACUUUGCAGAUCAAUCCGGAGUGUGGACGCGGACUGAAGAAGGACUUCUGGUUUGAUGCAAUUACAUUUAGCGUCGUCUGUGAGAAUCCGAACUGAAAGCUCUCUUGUUGCUCUCAUCAUGGUUAAUACUCGACCAGUCCGAGCUGGAAACUCAUCUCAACCUCUUGGACGAGGUCAGGUCCUCAGCAAUCUUCCACCUCACCUCCCACCUUCGAUCCUAAAUAUAUUCCCUCCUAUUGAUCAUGCAAAAGGAGGAGAUGAAAACCAACCUCAUAACUCAGCUCACAACUCACUAGUAUUGGCUCAGCUCUUAGCUCGAAACAACCCUGGUGAUUCCCUCAUCAAUUUACUUAACCCUGCUCCACAACCCCCAGCUUCACAGCAAAACCCUGAACCAGCUCAACAUGCUCCUACUCUUAGUGAAUCUCAAAGCCAAUCUCACAUAACACCAACUCAACAACCCCUUCUUGACGAUCCAGAAACAUCUAUGGGCCUAGUGCAGCAUGAGGGUGGCCCCUGUGGCGUAUUAGCAACCAUACAAGCAUUUGUUCUCAAAUAUCCUCUUUUCUUUCCGGAUGAAUUAGGUAAAACUGCACCAGAAAUGCUUCAGAAUUUGGGUGUUGGGAGAUUUUCUCAAAAUCAAUAUGUUGCGUCAGAAAAUUUUGGUGCUCUUACUGAAGAUGUAAAAGCAAGAGCUUUAGUUAAAAGUGUGAGCGAGAUGUUAUUUUUAUGUGGAAGUAAUAAAAGAGCUGUGCUUGCUACUUUGAAUGCUAUUGGCCACAACAUUGAGGGAUCUGAAGGCACUCCCAAGGAUGUGGUUGGUUGAAAGUUGAAUUGAGUUGAAGUACAUAAACAUCCAUGGUAUGUUCUUGUUUAGUGAUUAGAGGUUGUUCAAUCUGACAGGUUAUUGCACAAGCUCUUGAAGGUCUUCCAAUUGAAUCAGCU